AGCAUCUUCUCAGCAGCAGCAACGUGUCCAGUGCUGGAUUAACAAGCAUCAACGUCAAGUAAAGACAGUAAGAGGAUGAAGCCGGAGGGGAAAGAGCACAAAUAGAGCUGGCCCGGUCAGGACACCUUCAGACUGUCAACACAGAGCACUUUGUUUAUACCUGCAGAACGAGAAGCAGCUUCUGUCAUCUGCUGAGUUUGUUUCCUCCAUCAUCAUCUCCCACUGUGACCUAAUGAUGAAGUUCCUGCUCGGCUUGGUGGUGGUGCUGGUGACACUGGGCGUCCUCAACUCUGCUCCUGGGGAUCAACCCACAGAUGUGUCAGAGGAAACUUUAAAACAGUUGACUGAGGAUGGAGGGAAACUGGUGGACGAGGAGGUGAAGCGAGCUCUGUAUGGAGUGAAGCAGAUGAAGGAGGUGAUGUGGAGGAACGAGCAGAAACACGAGCACCUCAUGAAGUCGCUGAGACACAGCAGCGACAAGAAGAGGGGGGCAGCCCAGCUCGCUAAGGAGGUGAACGAGAAGCUGCAGGAGGCAGAGGAGCAGUGCAGAGACUCCCUGCAGGCUGAGUGGGAGGAGUGCCGGCCCUGUCUGGAGGAUGCCUGUAAGACUUUCUACACCUCCACCUGCCGCAGGGGUUUUUCCACUUUCAAAGCCAAGGUGGAGAAUUUCUUCCACAGGGUUUCCAGUCGCUUUGGCUCCCGUGAACCUCACCUGGAUGCAGGGGACAUCCUGGUCAACCAGGGCCCCGAAAACGAAGACAAGGAGGUGGACAACAUCGAGGUCUCCUUCAACCGCCUGAUCACCAAGGUGGACAUGAUGGUGAACCACAGCGUCGCUCUGGUGAACAGGAUGAGCAGCCGGCUGGACCGGGUCCUCCGUAAAACCUUCCUGAACAACAGCCACGUGCUGACGGAGGAGAGCACCACCGACCCCUACUACCCAGGACGAGACUCCGGCUUCAUGCAGGGCGUGGGCCUGGAGGAGGUGCUGGACUCCUUCUAUGACUUUGGCAAGAGUGUGGUGGAGGAGUUCGGAGCCGUGGUGACCCAGGUGUUCGAUGACCUCCAUGGGGCAGUGGAGAAAGAGAAGAGAGAGAGGAAAUUCUUCCCCCGUUUCCUGCGGAACCAGAAGUUGUGCAGAGACCUUCGCAAACAGACCUCGGAGUGCUGGCAGCUCCAGAGCCAGUGUGAGGUCUGUCAGGGAGCCCUGCUCACAGAGUGCCCCAGUGUGCGCGAGCUGCACGUGGAGCUGGACGAGGUGUCCCAGCUGGUGGACGUGUCCAAAGAGCAGUACGACGAGAUCCUGUCCAUCGUCCAGCGUCACACCGAGGAGACGGUGAACUGGCUCAGUGACAUGGCUGCUGAGUUCAGCUGGGUGUCCCAGGCCCUGAGCAACAGCAGCUCCCCUGGAAACAUCUUCAGCAUCUCCAUGGUGGCACCAAAGAGCCAGGAUGAGCAGAACGUGUCUGUCCCUGGGACCAAGGUUGAGGUGAACGUCCUCAACUCUCCCCCGCUCCUCCUCUCUGUCCCCGGGGAGCUGGAGCUGCAGGACCCGGCCUUCAUCCAGUACGUGGCCCAGGAGGCGCUGGACAAAUACAAGGAGAUGGUCAGGUGA